AUGUCCGACCAACCCUCAUCUCAGCAACCAGUGGCGCCACCGAAGGCCGACACCUCUGACGCCAAAGCCAAUGAGACGCUGACGAUCGUCUCGGAAAACAAGACCCCCGUCGUCAUCUGUAUCGGCAUGGCCGGCAGUGGUAAGACGACGUUCAUGCAACGGCUUAACCUGACCCUCCACCAAAAGAGCACGCCCCCCUACGUGAUCAACCUUGAUCCCGCGGUGCUUAAGGUUCCCUUCGGUGCCAAUAUCGAUAUCCGUGACUCCGUAAAAUACAAAAAGGUCAUGGAAGAGUACAAUCUCGGUCCCAACGGGGCCAUUGUCACCUCGCUUAACCUCUUCCUGACCAAGAUCGACCAGGUGAUCAACUUGGUGGAUAAGCGGACACUGAACCCGGACUCGAAGAUUGGUAAUAUUAUUAUUGAUACUCCGGGGCAGAUUGAAUGUUUUGUGUGGCUGGCGCUGGGGGCAAUCAUCACUGAGGCGUUCGCUCUGACCUUCCCCACUGUGAUUGCUUAUGUCGUCGAUACUCCCAGAAACACUAAUCCCACCACUUUCAUGCUGAACAUGUUGUAUGCCUGUUCCAUCCUUUACAAGACGAAACUUCCCAUGAUUGUGGUAUUCAACAAGACCGAUGUCCAACUGGCGGAUUUCGCUAAGGAAUGGAUGACGGAUUUCGAAGCUUUUCAACAAGCUUUAAUCAAUGACCGUGACGAAAACGGUGACGGGAGCGGCUACAUGAUGUCGCUCAUCAACUCGAUGUCCCUCAUGCUUGAGGAAUUCUACUGUCAACUUGAUGUUGUUGGGGUGUCUUCGUACACUGGUUCCGGUUUCGAUGACUUCCUCAAAGCGGUUGACAACAAGGUCGAAGAAUACAACACUUACUACAAGGCGGAACGUGAGCGUAUCCUUAAGAAGAAGGAGGACGAUGAGAAGAAGCGCCAAGCUAAGAACUUGAAUAAGCUCAUGAAGGACAUGGACAUUGGCAACACCGAUGCGGAUGCGGAUGUUGUCUCUGAUAACGAUGAUGACGACACUCAGGGUGAAGUUCUCCGCGAUGACGAUGAGAUUGGUCGUGUAUACAACUUCCCUGAAGAUCGUAUGAGUGAGCUUAAGGACGACGCAGCAUUGCAACAGCGCUACCAAGACGCAUUUGAGGCCACUGCCAAGACGGCAUCGCUGACAACCGCUGAGAACAUUGCCAAGUAUAUUCUGCAAACCCAGCAGUAG